UAUGGCAGCCCCCAUUUGUUUGCAUGAUGCAACUUAAAAUAAUCACACCGGUAGACCUUUGCCAGAGCAGAGUAGCAAUUGUCAUCUGCUCAACCCACAUAUGACAUACAUUCAUCUCUGAUGCCAAUUCAAGAAUAUCUCAAGGUGUUAGUAUGCCUAUCAUUAAAAUUAGCCAUUAGCCUACAUUUUUCUAGUCCAGUGCCAUUGGAAAAAUGGCAUGCUGGGUGAACAAUCUGAUGUGCAAUCCAAACAUUACAAACAUAGACUUAUCUGUAAAGCAUUUUUUCCUGAUUACUAAACGAUUUAAAAAACAUUUUGCAUCUUUACACAAUUUAGAUCGCAAAAUGUAUAUAUUUCCAAACACAACUUCUUCUUUGGUGAAUAUUCCACUAGGGACAAAAGUGUGCAAAACACUUACAGAUUUUAAAAUAAAAACUCUAUUUGGUGGUUUUCAAAGACGUCCAGAAUUAAUUUCAAAGCUGGAACCAAAUCUUGAAAAUAAUUAUUUUAAUUUUCCAGGCAAAGGAAAUAAUUUAGAACAGACUUAUAGAUUUGAAAAAACAAAGACAAUUCAACAAGAACUUGUUUCAAUGGCUUUGAAAUUCAGUGACUCUGUAGUAAACAGUGGAAAUAAUAACCAAGAACCCCGUCCAAAAAAAUGUAUUUUAGAUAUUGGAUGUGGAAACGGUUUAAGUAUGAUUCAGCCUUUAAGUUUAGGCCAUGUGUGUAUUGGUGUUGAUUUAAAUCUGCAAUCACUUUCAGACUUCAAAAGUGUUUACUUGGAAAAUGUGGAAUCUUGUGAAUAUUUAGAUCAAGCUGCUGAUCUUUUAAGAUGUGACCUUCGGUAUGGACUACCAUUUAAAGCAGGCAGUUUUGACCUAGUUAUUAGUAUAUCUUUCUUACAGUGGCUGUUCCAUGGAGAUAGCCAAACACAACUGAAUUUAUUUUUUAGAAGUUUGAGACAUGUUUUACAGCCCAAUGGAAGGGCUGUGUUACAGUUUUAUCCAUCUUGUAGAAGCCAGUUAGAAGAGGCUGUGAACUUUGCUGUGAAAUAUUUUCAUGGUGUGCUGCUUGGAGAUUAUCCCCAUUUAGAUCGGGGGAGAAAACUCUUCCUUAUAUUAUUUUAAAUAAGGCCUAGUUUAUUGAAUUGUUUAAUUUAUUGCUGUGAAAAAAUUGAUUGCUGUUGAUGUAUAGUUAUUUAGCUGUGGAUGCUGAGAUUAUUCCUGAAACUUAAAUUAGGAGGUAUAAAUCUUACAUGUUGUAAUGGAAAAUACAUGGGAGAUAACUAUCACCCCCUUUAGAAAUAAUAAGUGUAAGAGUAACAUAACAACCAGUUCACAUAUUUUUAUUGUAAUGUUUACCCUACUAUUUACUAUGGAUGGCUUGGUCACAGAGUAGAGUGAAACCUUAAGUAUGAAAAGUAAAAAUUGGGUGAGCAUAGAACUGGCCUCACUGUCCUUUGAAAUAGGUCACAGAAACAGGUGAACUCUACUUCAUCUGCUCUAUUUACAGUCUGGUAGGCUUAAAAGAGGUAACUUUUCACCCAAUAUAAUCACAAAUGUGAGAUCACAUCUCAUUUUGCUUACUAAAAUUAUUUAAAAUAUGGCUACAUGAAUAUGUAGUCUAUAAUUUAUAAUCAGACAUUACUU